AAAGUAGAACUCUUGGACCUCAAACUAUGUAUUUUGAACCUCAGAUGCAGUAUCGAAAUCAACAUAAUUCAGCACCGUGUACUGAGCCACUGAGCCGUGAAUCAGCUGUGGAAGAACCAGAUAUUAUUGUUGUUGGCGGUGGUAUACUCGGAGCAGCAUUUGCUACAGUGAUGGCAAAAGAUGGGAGAAAGGUAACCAUGAUAGAAAGAGACAUGAAGGAACCUGACACAAUUGCUGGAGAAAUUGUGCAACCUGGAGGAAUCAAAUUACUGCAAGAACUUGGACUUCAUGAUGCUAUAAAAGGUAAGGAUGCUGCUCCCAUACGUGGGUAUUGCAUAAAAGAUCUGAUUUUCAACAUGAAAUCAACAUUGCCACUACCUCUGUCGGAAAACAAGGAGGUGAUAGAAGCAAAAGGACUCCACCAUGGGCGUUUUGUUAUGGGUCUUCGCAAGCUGGCUAUGGCAGAACCUAAUGUAACAGUCAUUGAAGGAAAUGUCACCAGUCUGCUGGAAGAAAAUGCCUGUGUUAUUGGAGUUCAGUACAAAGAUAAAGAAGGUGGAGAUGUGAAGAAACUGUAUGCUCCACUUACCCUCGUUGCUGAUGGAAUUUUUUCAAAUUUAAGGAAAAGCCUGAUUUCAAGAAAGCCACAGGUCACAUCUCAGUUCACUGGCGUUAUUAUGGAGGUGUUGCCAGGACAGAAUAUAACUACAUUGCUGUCAUGUUCAGUAAAAUCCCGAGCUAUAGUAAUGUACCCAAUUUCAACUACUGAAACUCGGGUAAUGGUGGAUACAACAGGAAUACAACCCAGAAACUUGAAAAACUUCUUGCAAGAGGAGGCAUAUUCAUACAUACCUGAUCACCAGAAGGAGGCAUUCCUUCUAGGACUACAAAAUGAUAAUUUGAAGUCAUUUCCUACAAGAUAUGUGCCUGCAGUCGCAGUGGACAAACCAGGAGUUCUUGUUUUAGGAGAUGCAUUCAAUCUGAGACACCCAUUUACAGCAGCUGGGAUGACCAUAAUAUUAAAUGAUAUUGCAAUAUUUAAACAAUUACUACAAAAUAUACCAGACCUUUAUGAUGACAAAGCCAUUCUUAAGGCAAAAAGACAAUUUUACGCAAUAAGGAAGAAGAAAUUUUCAUUUGUGAUGAAUAUUCUUGCUGAACUUAUAUACAAGUUGUUUACUGCUACAGAUGAAAGUGUAAUACAGAUAAGAAAGGCUUUGAUUUUUCGCAGCAGUCUUAGUGAGGAAUGGUCCUUGAAACUAAGUUUGCAGGUUGCUGGAUUGUCAACAAAACCAUGGACUCUGAUCAAGGUCUGCUUGGAUAUUGUACUCUGUGCUGUGUACCUUACUUUCAAGUCAGAACCCUGGUAUACCAAACCUCGUGCAAUCUUUAGGACCGGUGUCAUGUUACAUCGAGCUUCAGCACUGCUGUUACCUCUUAUAUUCUCAGAACUGAAACACCAUGAUAACUAAUUUUUUUUUUUAUUAAUAAUUUUUUAUUGAUAUUCAUGAAAUAUAAUAAUACAAGAAUUAGGAUAUAUAAAUAUACAUAUAUGUCUUAAGAACAUCAUAACAUGAAACAAUAACUAUUUGCAAUGUCCAUAACAGAUAUAAUGUCAUUAUUGUGAUUACAUUUUAUCUAGUAAUUUUUAAAGCUUUAACCAAGUUAAUUUUUUAUGUGUCUUCUUAGUGGUUCUUUCUGAAACAGUUUGUAACUCCCUAUUACAUACAAGUUUAACUAAUAAUAAAAAAUCUGCAAAUGAUAGGAUUUCUUUACAUUUCCAAUUUGAUGUAAUGAUUUUUCUUGCAAUUGCAAGUAAGGACCAAAGAAGGUGCACCUGUAUUUUGGGGAUAUGUGUUGAUAUCUGUGCAUUGAAUAGCAAUAAUGAGUCAGACACUUUGCACUUAUCCGACCACAAGGCUUUUAUGAAAUGUCUGAACUCUAUCCAAAAUGGAGUUACUAUUUUACAUGUAAUAAACAUGUGUACCCAAUCUGCACAAAGUGUUUUCUCACAUCUCCAACAUUUAUUAAGAUUAUUUUUUUAUAUCAAAUCCAUCUUAUGUGGGGUAAUAAAGCUCCUAUGGGUGU